GGCAAGAAGUGUCGGCUCCUGACAAUGUUCAGUAUGACAGCGUCCUUCUUCCUGGUGGAGCUGAUAGUCGGGUACAUAACCAACUCCAUGGCGCUGGUGGCUGACAGUUUUCACAUGCUCAGUGAUGUUCUGGCGCUUAUUAUAGCUUUCUUAAGUGUCAAGAUGUCUCCAAAAAAAUGGAGUAAAAACACAUUUGGUUGGGCGAGAGCUGAGGUCUUGGGCGCCCUCGUCAACAGCGUGUUUCUUCUUGCACUUUGCUUCUCUAUAUUUGUGGAGUCAUUAAAAAGAUUAUAUGAAACAGAGGAACUUCACAACCCCCAAAUGAUCCUAAUUGUUGGGGUAAUAGGAUUGGUCAUCAACUUAAUAGGCCUCUUGCUUUUUCAUGAACAUGGACACGGCCAUAGCCACGGUGGACACGGCCAUAGCCACGGUAGUCACGAAAACAAGCUUUCUACUAUCAACGCUCUGGUAGCCACGGAUGACAAUGAAAAUGAUGAAAGAUUCACCCCUCCACCCCCCAACUCCCUCUCUAGUCCAGAGAAAGGAGAAGACAAUAACAAAAGUGCCUCCCAGAUGAACAUGAGAGGCGUCUUCCUUCAUAUCCUGUCAGAUGCUAUGGGUUCAGUUAUUGUGAUCAUCAGUGCGCUGGUUGUGUGGCUGACCGAGUGGGAGUACUCCAAAUACAUUGACCCAGCAUUAUCACUGUGUCUGGUCACCCUCAUAACCAUCAGUACCUGGCCUCUCUUAAAGGUGUCUGCUCUCAUCCUCCUACAGACAGUUCCUACACACAUUCAGGUUGAUGGCAUACAGAAGCAGCUGUUGAAUGUUGAUGGUGUUCUUGCUGUCCAUGAGUUCCAUGUUUGGCAGUUGGCAGGAGAGAGGAUUAUUGCUUCUGCUCACAUCAGAUGUCGCAACCUGAAGGAUUACAUGGUCCUAGCAGAGAAGAUCAAGAAAAUGUUUCAUGAAGAAGGUAUCCAUUCCACAACUAUACAGCCAGAGUUUGUUGAGUUUGAGGAUGAUGGAGCAUCUGCUUCUAUUGACUCAGCUGAAGACUGCAUUCUAGAUUGUCCAUCAAAGGAUAAAGAUGGGUGUGUGGCAAACACUUGCUGUGGGCUCUCCAAACAGAGCGAUGGUGUGCCAAAUGUACCAGUAACAACAUGUCGUCAGCGCAACAGUAUUGAAGUUCACAUCGGUAAUCAAGGCGAUAAUGUUGUUGACGGUGCCAUGGAAGGGGGCUACCUCCUUGUGCCCACUUCGGUAAACCACGUCUCAUCUGUUUGACAGUGGCCAUCCUCUAGCCAGGAGGAAGAGUCUGCAGAUGAAUGACAGUGAGUGACAGAAACUGGUAGUACUGUAAUAACAACCUGAGUGAGGUUGAUGGCUGUCAGCUAGACUGUCACCAUAAUAAACCAUCAGUGUCAUAUUGUACAGUAUUGCCAUCAUGGUUGUGAGGGUAAGUGAGUUAUUCUAUGAUAAUUCUUUUAAAAAAAUAUGUGCACCAUUAAAUUUGAUAAAUUAAUCUUAAUGACCCUGAAAAAAGUAAUAUAUUAGAUACGUAAUAUAUAAAGCCCCGGGUGUAGCAGUUAUGAAAUUAUCUAUUUAUGUGGAAAUCUGUUUGUUACAUGUCAUGCAACAAUUGGAUUUAAAAAAUAAUAAUAAUUAUCUUUGACAUGCCAAUUUUGUCCAAUAUGUAAGAAUUUGUCAUAAUGUGGCAUUAAUGUAUGGUUGUGUUUGUAUAAAAUAAAUGAGUAUUUUUCCCCAUGCAAGAAUGAUAAUCAUAUGAAAUGUUCAUUGUUUGCGGUCUUUUGUAACGUGCCGAUAGUUUUUAUGACUUUGAUAACUAUGUAGCGAUGUCUGCAGUUGACAAUUAUAACAGCACAUUUCUGGGUGAAACAACCAAUAAUAUUGUUACCCGUACACAGAUGUGGACUGUCUACACAACUGUUGUCUCACGGCAGAAAGCGUUCCUCUGUACUGUAAUGUAUCAUUACUGGAUAUGUUAAAUUUCAUCAUAGAAUUUGUUAAUAUAAACCAUUUUUUCUGGUAAACAAAUGAUUGCCAUAUUUGCAUGUGGUGUUUGAGUCAAGUGUGACAUUGACUGCUGAAGAAAAAUAUAGAUAAUGAUGGACUCUUGUGUCAGUUGAGUGAACACAUAAAUACCUGUGUAGUUUUGUGACUGUAUGAGAUACAGUUUAUAUAUUAACAUGCCCUCGUGCCUCAUUACUCAAGUGAGUCUAGAAAACAUGUAAUUAGAUAGUGAAAAUUUUUAACUUUUGAUAUCACUUUUAAAUUAUUUAUAUAGAUGUUGUAUGGACUACCAAAGUUGUUUUUACUCUUUAAAUCAUAUAUAAAGAUAUUUUACAUGACUACAUUAUAUGAUGGUUUUUGUAAAAUGAAUUAAUGCCUGUUUCAUGUUGUAUAUUAAUUCAGUUCAAUACAUAAUACUGUAUUUCUGGAAUAAAACAACUAGGUUCUUUGUGACUUGUAGAUGAUUGAACACAGUAAAACAAUAUAACAAUUUAUUAGAUAAUGCAUAAUAGAUAAUGCAAAAAUUCUAAUUAUGUAUACAUCAGGCUUGAGCAAGUCCCUGUAGCUUGCAAGACAUGUCCCAGUGCUCUGGCUUGUAUCACCAGGAUCUAGAAAUUAAUAAAUUAAAAAAAUGACUCGUGGCAGGAGGAAGAUCCAGGUGGAGGUCCUAAGGGUCUGGACCCCCCUUUUCAUCAGGAAAUUCCAAUAAUUUUUUCUUUAAUGCAAUAUUAUACUCAGGCAUUUUUGUAUAGUAAAAAGUAAUAGCUAUUGACCUCAGAAUAUCUCCUACUAUCAAGUG